AUGAAGCCGCUGCUCCUGGUCGUGCUCCUCAUGUAUCUGGCGUCGGCUGAUGAGGCGGCAGGAUCGGUUUGCGAGAACGAUGCCACUUGCCAGGAGACGCUUGGGCCAGCGUACUAUUGUUUGAACUCCGCGUCGAAAGCUCCGAAGACAUUCCUAUUCCUCAUCUGCCUUACCGUAGUCGCAGCCCUGCCAAAUCCGUUCUGCCAUUUUGACGACUACUGCCGAGGAGGGUGGUACGAGGGAAAACACUACCACUGUAAAGCUGUCGAGGGCACCGAGCAGAAAAUUUGCAAGAAAUUACCCGUCCUCCAAUGCGUCGACGAAUCCGACUGUUGGAUGUACAAGCAGCCCGCUUGCAUUGGCUACCACGAGGGACGUCCGGGCUACUGCCUGGAGACAGAUCCGAACGCA